ACCCACCAGACUGCUUGGUUAACAAGACUGAAAUGGUUUUCAUUUCAUGAUUUUGUUUUUCUUUUUCAAUUUAGGCAAAAAAUGUGUUGGAUUAACACAACAAAUAAUUCAACAGAGAUUUACCCUGUUCCUUUAGGACUCUUCCUGGGCAGCAUUGCAUUGAUCACAGUUGUCAUGAAUAUUUUGGUCCUAUAUGCAGUGAAAACAGAAAAGAAACUGCACACAGUCAGCAAUCUUUACAUAGUUAGCCUUUCAUGCGCAGACCUUAUAGUUGGUGCAGCUGUAAUGCCACUAAAUAUUGUGUACCUAUUGAAGGGUGAUUGGAUACUGGAUAGAAAAGCCUGCCUGUUUUGGUUGUCAAUGGAUUAUGUAGCCAGUACAGCCUCAAUAUUCAGUCUCUUCAUACUCUGCAUAGAUCGGUACCGUUCUGUCCAGCAGCCAUUAAAGUAUCUCAAGUACCGAACCAAAACUAAAGCCUCUAUAAUGAUUUCUGGAGCUUGGCUUCUCUCUUUUAUGUGGAUAAUCCCCAUUCUUGGUUGGCGCAAAUUUGACAACAGCGCCAUUCCUAAAAGUGGUGAAAAGGUAUGUGAAACAGAUUUUUGCAAUAACUUGGUGUUUAAAGUAUUGACAGCCAUGGUAAAUUUUUAUGUUCCUUCGUUACUGAUGCUAUGGUUCUAUGCAAAAAUAUACAAGGCGGUCCGAAAGCAUCAUCAGCAUCGAGAGCUCAUAGAUUGGUCAUUUAGAUCUGUGUCAGAAAAAAAGGGAAAUAAUGCAGACCUUCAAGAAAUGCAAAAGGUUUGUUCCCAAAGAAAAAGUAGAGAUGUACAAUAUGUCUGUAAUGAAAAUGAAAAAAGAAUGGAGGUCAAACUUUCACCAAGCAGCUGUGUUAAAAUCCCAAAGGUUUUUCAUAGAAGAGGCGACCGUGAAGUAGUGAAGCUUAGCUGUUUUCCUCCAGCCAUUGUGCAGAAUGGCACAGAGGUAGGCAACAAGGAAAGGAAAUAUGGCUAUUUCAAUCAAGACAUCCGGAAUACAGAGAAGCCUUGUCCUAAAGACUAUGAAUUAAGCAAAACAUCAGAAGGGAACAGCUUUGUCGAGAGACCUUCCUGUCGAAAUGACUGUGAUCCCUCUCUGGAGCAAAAUUCAGAUCCUCAGGGGUGUUUCCCUCAGGAUCGUACAGACACCACAAGUCUCCGUUACUUGAAAAAGACAUGGGGGAGGAUGCGCACCCAUUCCAUAUACCACAGUCAAGGGUUGCAUAUAAACAGAAACAGAAAAGCAGCCAAACAGUUAGGCUGUAUAAUGGCAGCCUUUAUGCUGUGUUGGACUCCAUAUUUUGUUUUAUUUCUAGUCAUGGCCUUUUGUGAAAGCUGCUACAAUCGCCCUUUUUACAUGUUUACUAUUUGGCUUGGCUAUGUGAAUUCUGCAUUAAAUCCAUUUAUAUACCCAUUCUGUAAUGAGAACUUCAAGAAGACUUUUAAAAAGAUACUUCACAUUAAAACCUAAUUUCUCUUGGAUAAUGUAUUUGACAAAAAGAAUCAGCAGCAGCAUGUUACGCGGGGAAGGGGAAAGACUUUCAAUUAUUACAAGGAAGCACUGCAAACGAAACAGAAGAUUUUAGAAGAUCCUUGGGGAAAGAAGAAAGAGAUAAGAAUGCAGGAAACCAUUUGUUAUUCCUAUACAAAACUAUAUCUAAAUUGUGAAUUAUAUUUAAAGAAGAAUUGAUGCUCACCUGGACUCCUAAAACCUUGGGUUUGAAAUUCAGGGUUGCUGUUCUUUUGUAAAUAUUUGAUGAUUUUUUGUGAUUGUUGAGACUGAAUGAAAUAUGUUGGUACUCAAUCUGGUUUCUGAAACUGAAAUGUAACUUUCUACACUCAGUGCUUAGUUUGGUUACACCCCCUGUCCAGAUGUGUGUUCACAUGUGUCCUGUUACCUGGUUGCCUGCAUGGCCCUGUGGAGCAG